AUGGAGGGGCCUUCUAUCAACCGGCCUCUGAAACUAUCUCUAUGGUCUUGUGACUGGGAUGACUGCAAACGACCAGCUGUUCAAAGAGCUGGAAACUGUUCCCUCUGCAAUAAGCAUCUAUGUCGAACUCAUCUGCGGGAUAAAUGGCACGAAUGUCCCAAGCCAGAGGAAAAUUGGAGCAUGUACGCUUCUCAAUAUGUAGCUGCGGAAACUCACCAAAUGGAUGAGCUAUGCCGUAGGAUAGACGGUGCUAAACUGUGCGCACGCGCGUCGCUGUGUAGAGGAGGGAUUCCUUGUACCGUCAACUUGUCAGCAAACAACUUGUCGUCUAUGAUGGGUGGCCAAAACUGUCACGCCGAGAUUACCUUUGGCGACAACGUGAAGUGGCUCGCUCGAUUCCGUCUGUCAAACAUCUCAUCGCCUCCGCUGGAAUGCCGCGAUUACAUCCUUCGGAGUGAAGCAGCCACAAUGGACUUUUUACAGAAACGCACACACAUCCCCUCCCCGAAAAUUUUCGAUUGGGCAUGCGAAUCAGAUCCAAGUAACCCAUUGGGACGGGUGAGUUACAUUUUGAUGGAAAAGAUGGAAGGAAACCCCUUGGAUUGGCAAGGGGCAAACCCGUCGCAGAAAGAAAAAGUCAUGCAGCAAUUAGUUGAUAUAUUUCUUGAGAUCGAGAAGCACCCAUUCGAUACGAUGGGGUCAAUAGUCCUGAAUAACGAUCUAACAAGGUAUGAGAUACAGGGCAUCGCUCACCACGAAGUGUAUUGUGUAGGAACUACAGGCCCCCUAGGCCCUUUCCACUCUUCGCUAGAGGGAGCCGAUGCCCUUAUUGGAUUGUACCUCGCUAUGAUAGCAAGCGGCGAGAUCGAGGCUACUUACCCGAUAGAUGUUUUCCUCAUGCAUCGCUUUCGCUUGGAUCUUCUAAACGAUAUCGGAAAACAUGCUCCAUCAGGGGGGCCCUUUUUCCUGAAGCACCCCGACGAUAAGGGCGACCACAUCCUUGUAAACGAAGAUUUCGACAUCGUUGGGAUGAUAGACUGGGAGUGGUGCCAGAUAGUUUCGAAGGAUAAUGCAUUUUCCUCGCCAUGUAUGAUGUGGCCUGUUGCGAAGUUUUACGCUGGUUCCAACGAGCUUGCUGAGGAAGAAUUGCGGCUGGCUAUGAUCUUCCGUGAAAGAGGCCGUGAAGAUAUAGCCAAAUACAUUCUCGAGGGAAGGAAAGUGCAGCGAUUCUUCUUUGCUCUCGGCGCUGGUAGUGGGUCUCAUAAUGAUCGAACAACAAUGAUUGAUCUUUUCAUGGGUCUUAAACGAGCCUUCAACUCCGGAGAGGAAGAAUGGGAGGAGUGGAGGGCCAAAGCAUUGGUUAGAUGGGAGGAAGACGAAUUAUUACAAAUUUUAUUGCAGAGAAAUACGUAG